AUGCGGCCGUCCAUGCGCCGCUUCACGGGGUCGGCAUCUCCUGCUUGUGCGGGGCUGCAGCAGCCUCACCAGGAGGAGCCGCAACAGCAAGAAAAGCAAGAAAAGCAACAGCAACGGCAGCAGGAGCAACAGCAGCAGCAACAUCAGCAGCAGCAACAACAGCAGCAGCAAGGGCAACACCAGGACGGUUGCGCGGGUUCUUCCAGUGAGCGCAGAGAGGCUAGGGAAGCCAUUGGAUGGCGGGCGCGUGCUGCAGCAGCAGCCGCAGAGGACAGCAGCUGGUGGGGUAGCACAGACACAGCAGGAGAGCCGCUGGUGGUGCCGCCUUUGCUGCUACCUCUUCUACCUUCGAUUUUCUGUCUGCACGCCAGGCCUUGGCCACCCCCCCCAACAAAAAGGCGUCGUCUCCUCUCUCGCAGGCGGAGGGGCAUUGAUUGUUUUGCUUCCCCUGCAGUGGCUGCCCAGUGUCCGCCCUGGGGCAGUGGGUUUGCUUACAGGGAAGGGCAAGGGCAGCAAGCAGGACUCGCCAACACCGCUUCAGUUGGUGCAGACGCAGGCGCAGGGAACAUAGCCUCUCCUCACAUGACCCCUACGGCAGUAGUACCACAAGCAGCUUAUGUUGCUGCUGAAGAAGCAGCAAAAAAGGGAUCAGAGGAGAAGGGUGAGUUGAGAAAGGCAGCAACGAACGACGCUGCUGCUGGGGAGGGUGUGACCUCUUCUUCCUGUUUGCCGUACGGCUGCUGCCCCUCCUGGCUCAUCCCACACACAGACAAAACAGCAGAACCAGCACCUGCGGAUGGCUUGAUCAAGGGCUGCUACUGCAGCUCCUCUGCUGCCUCCCUGCAAAGGCGGACCCACGAAGUGUUACUCCGCAGACGGAGGGAAAGACAGAGCGAACCCACAUUUGGAAGCGCCACCGCCGCUGUUCCCGCUGCAGCAGCUCCUACCGCUGGUGCUUUUUGUGCCGCAGCCGCGGUACGGGACAUGGCAGCAACAGCGGCUGCGGCCACCUUGACAGGGCAGCAGAAACACGAACAGCAAACGCCGCUUCCAAGAUUUCGACGGCGGUCGUGGAGCGCUGAGGCCGCCCGCAGUGCUGCAGCACCCGCUGAAGCAACACCAGCAACGGCGAGCGCAGCAGCAGCAGCAGCCACAAUGGCGAGCGCAGCAGAAGAGGAGACGGCGCCUAGCCGGCAGUCGAGGUGUUGCCAGUGCGCAGUAGCAGCGAUGACAACACGUUCUGCUGCAGAACGACGUAGCGCGGCAGGAGAGCCCUUGCCAAUAGCAGCAGCAGGCGCUACAGCAGCAGCGGCUGAAGCAGCAACGGCUGCAGGGACAGAAGCAGGGCCAUGCGCCUCUUGUUCAGCGGGACGUGGUGGUUCGGUUCCUUCUCGUCCUCUAUCAUUUGAGGAGGCAGAUGCUCUGUCUGCAUCGGUCUCGCAGGCAGACGAGGGAUUGCAGAAGGGUGCAGAUGGCGAGGGCUUAGGCAAGGGCUCCCAGCUUGCAGGCCUAGGCAAGGGUGUAGAUGGGAAGGAUGUAGAGAAGCGUUUGCAGGGAAACAUCCCACGCAAGGGUUCAAUUAGUGAGGGCCUAGACAAGGGUUCGGGUAGGGGGUUGGACAGAGGAGGCGGAAAUGGUGGCGGCGGAGGUUGU